AUUCAAGGGUCAAGCCAGAGAAGCCGUUGCUGCCGCCGCUGGUGCCUGUGUUGCUGCCACACUCCUGCCGGGCCCACACGUCACCGCUGUCCUUCAGGCCCUCACAGCUCGCCACCGCAAUCUACCUCACAGUUCAGUGAGAGGCUCCAUCGAAGAAGUCACUUACUACCUUGGUCAUGCAGCCGCUGGCAACAGUGCUGUGGACGUGCUUGGUGAGCGGGCUGUGGUGGGUCGUCGCCGCCGCCACCACUGAGGGCGUGGAGGACGCCGCGCUGUGGAGGGGCGUCUCUGUGGAGUCGUCGUGGCUCAAAACAACAGUCACCCAAAAGCAGCGGAACCUGAGCCUCAUCCCCUGCGGCGCGGUGUGCAUGAGGCAAGACUGGUGCAGUCUGUGGUGCCACGAGGCGCCCCGCGGGUGCCUGCUCACCUCCCUCACCGCCUCACCCUCCUACACACCCGCACAGCCGGACGGCGCCCUCUCCUGCUACACCAGCCAGCCACCGGACCUCGCCGUGGGCGCCGCCAUCACCUCCUCGCCUCAGCAUCAUGUAGACAAGAAGCAAAAGGAGAACUUAGUGGACGGCAUCUACGGCGGCGACAUUGAGGACUGUGCAAUUGUGGUCACAGGCGGCGGGGCGUUCGCCUGGUUUCUGCUGGACCUGGGGGCCGCCUACCCCGUCUCGGAGGUGCUGCUGGUGGCUCAGCCCAACACCAAUGUCGUCCACUACUUCAGGGACAUCGAGGUGAGGGUCGGCAGCGUGCAGAUGUCAGGGGACUUCACGACGUACCAGCUGCUGGGGACCUUCACGGGCAUCGCGGACCCGGAGCAGACCAUCGUACUGCGCCCCGCCGCGCCCAUCACAGGCCGCUACGUCUCCAUACAGCGGACCACGGACAACUAUCUUCAGAUCGCCCACCUCGAAAUACGCUGAGUCACGACAGCGGAGACGUUUAGGCCCCCAAUAAGUCGAGACACAACGUGGUGGAAGUGUUGUGAAGGCAUCCUGCUGUAAGUGUCUGCAGUGCACAGGCGGCGAUAACUUGAAUCACUGAAAAGACACAAUAGCGAGUAUAUGCCUCAUCCCCUUCACCACGGCCACUGACGAACAAACAAUAAAUCACUUCAGUAAGUUAUCAUCCGUCUGUACCAUUCUACGCACGCCAUGAAACCGCCGAGAGUACGUAGAGGCAACUUCCAUUAUUCACUUCAGUCACCGGUCUGUAUCAUUUGAACCCGACAACUAGUUAAUAUAUUCCAUUAUUCACUUCAGUCACCGGUCUGUAUCAUUUGAACCCGACAACUAGUUAUUAUAGAUCACUUCGAUCAUCCUUUAGGAGUUCCUUUUUAUGAAGUGAACCUUUCUUGUGUACCCUGAAGCUGUGAAUUAAACAUAUGAAU